AUGUUUGCUAUCAUCGUACUAUAUUUUGGUCUUCUGAAUCCUGCUCAAGGUUUGUUAGCUAAAGAAAAUCAAGAUGAUAAUGAUUGGUCUAUGAUUAUGGAAGUUGAAGUAGAAGAUCCCACUUACAAUUCUUCAUCUGAUAAGACUGAUGGAAGAAACUUCAUAAUAAAUGUAACAGAGCAUGCUACUUCUCAGUAUUCCAUAUCCAUACCUGGUGCAACAAUAUGUGGAUCUUUUUUGUGCUAUAACCAGGGACAAUGCUAUACUAACUUACAUUCGUCUUCUUCAAAAUGCUUAUGUCCAAUUGGAUAUUCAGGUGAUUUCUGUGAUAAAGUGGAUGAAGGAUACCAGUUUCCGCAUAUCGAGCAAGGUGGUUAUCUGAAAUUUUAUUUUAAAUCGUCUGCGUUAUACAGUGGUACCAAUCAAAGUUUCAUCGAAAGAAGUAAUCAAGUGUCAAUGAACAGUACUAAUACCUAUAAAGUUGACCUUGAAAUACGACCAAGUUUUACUGAUGGAAGUUAUUUAUUAGUAUCCCACGAGUCAAAUAAGGAAGAUUUCAAGUUUUCACUCAGUAUUGAAAAUGGAUACGUAGUAUACAGAUCUCUGAGAAUUUCAAAAACAAAUUAUGAACCCUAUCGAAAAGAGGAAAUCCAGGAAGUCAUUCCAUGGUCGGAUGUUAUACACUAUGAAAAGUAUUUGAAAAAUGUCAAUGAUAUGGAGUUCAGUUACGUCUCCUUUGGUGGACAUCCUGAAUUAACUAAAACAGGAGGUCCAAUUCAUUUUGUUGGUUAUAUUUUUGAGCAAAGUUACAGUGGAUGCAUACAAAAUAUAAGGAUUAAUGAAGUUCCUAUAGAUCCUAGACGUAAGGCUUUCUUAGGAGAUGCUGUGGAUGGGUAUGGGAUAACUAAUUGUGGUUUCGAUUUAUGUGAAAAGAAAGAAUGCAAAAAUAAUGCUUCGUGUUUGCAAACAUCUGGUUCCAGUGUUAUUUGUCAGUGCCCUUUAGGAACUUCGGGUCAACAAUGUGAACAAAGAGUUGAGCUAAUCAUGCCGUACUACAACGGAUAUUCGUACACCGAGUAUAUUGGAUUGAGUGGGACAUCAUCAUCAUUCACCACCUUGGAACUCCAGUUUAGACCAUCACAGCCAAACGGAUUGAUUUUAUAUGAAGGUUAUAGUCAUGAUAGGCGUGGGGACUUCUUGGCUAUUAUGUUAGUCCAUGGAUAUGUUGUAGUGGCGUUUGACUUAGGUUCCGGUUCAGCAUUUUUAAAGAAUGAAAAAGAAAUAAAAUUAAAUGAAUGGCACAUAGUCCAUUUUUGGCGAAUCGGUCGUGAUGGUUAUUUACAAGUCGACUCAGAUGAGCAUAUAAUGACGAAUUACUCGUUCGGUUUACAAGUUCAACUAACAUUAACUUACUCUUUGUAUCUUGGUGGACAUCCAAAUUCUAAUUUUAUAUCAACUCAUAUAAAACCAUUUAUUGGAUAUGCAACAAAUUUGAGUAUUGGAUUUCAAGGAUGCAUCAGUAAAAUUGAAACAAACGGAGUACUCAUUGAUCCUAUUAAAAAUGCGAUAGGUGGCGUGAAUAUUUUAAAUUGUCCUGGACAAGAAUGUGGAUUUUCAAACCCUGUAUGUUUAAACAACGGGAAAUGUUUGCAGGAUUUAAAAGGUUUCACAUGUUUAUGUCCACUUGGAUUUCAGGGGAAGGACUGUAAAGAAAUACUGGCCUACAAACCCGAAAUUUUGAUCAGUUGAACCAUAUUAUGUUCAUGAAAUUAUAAUCAUUGCUAUGAGACGAGUGUUGUGAUGAAAUAUGUGGUCAAAUCCUUUACGACAGAGUAUGAGCGAUAGAUUGUUAUAUUUUUAAACCACUCCAGAGGUUGUACGGUCUUCUUCAUCGGCAUACUUUUUAGAGGAUUGAUCAGUGAUGACAGAAUGACUUAAAAUGUUUAAAAUACAAUGUUUUAUUUCAAAUCCAAAUUUAUGGUAGAAACAAAAUACACCGAGUGUGUUUUGUGAAUAUCAGGUAAUUAGUCGAGUCGCUUGAAAAUUAAAUCUCGAACGAUUUUAGUAAAUAAGAAAUAUGAGUAUUUUUCCGUUUAAUCAUAUGACAAGCACAGUUAUAACGAUAGUAGGCUCUCAACAUUUCUUUAACUUGAAGUCAGUUCACAUUCCUGAACCAAUAUCACCUGAAUUAUUGGGUAUUUGUUUCACUCUACUCUAAAAUGGUUUGGUGAUUUUACACGAACUAUUCAGCUAUCUCAGCAAUUACAAUACAUUUGGAUUACGGAUUAAUGGUCCGAAAAUUUGCAUUUACAACUCCAGUCGUCAAAACGUCUGUCCAGUUUUCAUUGUAAUUCAUUGAAUUUACAAGUGAUGUUAGUCUUGGAUGAUAGUAUAAUCAAGUGAAAUUCAACUUCAUAAUGUUGUGGGGACUAUUAUUUUUCUUCUUCCAGAGAAAUACUGUGAAGUUCAUUCCCAGUUAAAAAUGAUUUUUGUUGAAAGUUUUAAUUAUUAAAUUCCCUUCAAAAACUUUUAUAAAUCUAGUUAACGUGAAUAGACUGUUUAUUGAAUAAAGGGAAUAAACUCAAUGAACCUCUGAUUUCUCAAAAGAAGGGAAACGAUGGGAAGCUUUUAUUUUUAUCUUUUUUAUUUCAUCAGUAAUCCCGUAAAUUCUAUAAAAUUUUAAUUCUGUUAGAAAUGACCCAGCCCUUACCUCAUGAUGCUAAAUUGACAGCCUAAUUGAUAUUCAAGCCUAAAAACUAAGAAAAUCAAUCUUAGAUAACUAGUAUGUCUAUAUUACAAUAACUUAGUCAUAAUAAUUGUAACAUUGCCCACAUAUUCUAGGAGCAAUACGAGGUACAAUGAGAGAAAACAAUUUAGAAUUAAUAGCUUUCGAUGUUAGAUGAAUCAAUGAACUACUAACUUUUGUCAAUAACCACGUGUUAACCGGUUCUAUGAAAAAUUCGAGUACUGUCCCCCUUGGUGUAUGAGUAUUAUUUGCUAAGUUAGAGUUUGGAUUUUCGGGAGAUUAUUUCUAUGUAUUGCUGAUAACUCUUCUGUUAUUUUGCUAUUUUCUGGUUUAACAAUAUUGUCUGAAUAAAUUCUGUCAACUUUCUUACUAAGCAUUUUAUUUUCUGUGGUGUUGGAUCUUAACUGUGAGGAUAUUAACUUAAUGAGAGGACUUUCGACAUUCACUGUUAAUCUUUUUCUGAUUUGCCUUUUAGACCCAAUAGUCGUCACUAUCA